GGGUUCUCCAGAGCCCUUUCAGUCCCACUAAGUUAACUUCCAGAUCUAGGGCCAGCUUCAUGUCCAUGAUGAGCAAUAGAGAAGAAAAAAAAUGCAAAAUUCAUUAUUUUACUGUGAUCGUAUUUGCCUCUUCCUCAGCUAGUACUUAUUUUCUCUAUUGUCCAGUCAUCCCCCUGCUUCUUCCAGGGUUACUAGCUGUGGUCAUGAGACUUGGUGGGUGCUGUUCAUUUUCCAGGACUGUCCGAUAAAAGCAGCAGCUCUCUAGCCACCUUGCUUGUUUCUCUUCACCACUCACCAUGCAGUGCCCUUUCACUGAAAAAGGCCCAUGAGUCUCGCCUGCCUACUGUGGUAUCCCUUAUUCUUAAAUAGCCCUGCCACUCAUGACAUACCCAAUAAACAAUUGCUGAAUGAACGAAAGUUAAGACUCACAAAGUAGGUUUUUGCUCUAGUCCUAAACACUGAGGUUCCUGGAGGCUAGAAAGGAAGGCAUUAGCCCAUUCCUCCCUUCAGUGCUCCUCCAUCCAAUAGGCAGUGACACUCAGUGGCUUCCCAGUCCAGCAGCAACUACCUCUUCUACACCCAGCCCACCAGGCGAGUAAGCCUUUAUAUUGGGCAGGUGGGGUGGGAGGAGUAAUCUGAGGUGGUGUUUCAGUGACAUGUGGCAGUGCUCAGGGCUUAUUCAUGUCUCUGUGCUCAGGGAUUACUUCUGGCAUUUCUCAAGGAAUCAAAUACAGUGCCUAAGAUUAAACUGGGGUCAACCACCUGCAAGUCAAGCACCUUCACCCCUCUCUUACCUAUACCAGAAUUAGUUUAUCUAUCAGAGCACUUGCUUUUCACUCCUGUUUCAACACAUCAUUUUUCCCUUCAACAGCACGAAGCUUUAAAAUAAAAAGUAGGGGCUGGGGCGAUAGCACAGCGGGUAGGGCGUUUGCCUUGCAUGCGGCUGACCCGGGUUCGAAUCUCAGCAUCCCAUAUGGUCCCCUGAACACCGCCAGGGGUAAUUCCUGAGUGCAUGAGCCAGGAAUGACGCCCCUGUGCAUUGCCGGGUGUGACCCAAAAAGGAAAAAAAUAAAUAAAAUAAAAUAAAAAGUAGUUCCUUCUUAAGCUAGGCCUAGUCCCUCCAAAGCAAAUACUUGUCUGAUCAUCCAUGGAACUGGUUCUUUGUUGAUUUUUCUGCUUGAAAUGCUAAAUUCCUAAGGCUUAUCAUAAGUCUUUUGCAUUCUGCAAUUUCAACUCUAUUGUCACCUCUGGGGAUUUCUCAAAACCCAAGCCCUACCUUCCAAAAAAGGUUACUAUCCACUCCCUUCCACCCCUCCAAAACUCCUUCCUCACAGUCAAGUGAACUAGAAUAGUCAACUAGAAUACCUCCUUGAAUUGCUAGAUUAUCCUUUUACAUGUAGGCUUCUGCCCAGAGCAGGAAUCCUCUCCCCAAAGUGAGCAGAAGGGCUAAAGGGUCUGGACCAGAGACAUGGAAGAGCAGGUUAAGGGACUUGCUUCACAUAUGACCAAUCCAAGUUCGAUUCACAGCAUCACAUAUGAUUCCACAAGCCCAUCAAGGAGGAAUCCUUGAACACCACCAGUUGUGCCCCAAAGAGGAAAAUAAUGCAUCCAAAACCUCAAAGCAUGACUGUCAGCUAUGCUGCGUUCCCAGCCACCUUUCCCAUGUUGAGAAGUGUGGCAUGAGGGUGUGUUCUCCAGAACAGUCACUUACACAGAUACUAUCCAGGUCCCUUUUAGAAUGGUGCAGCUGUCACCUGGCUUCUCAACCUCACAGAUGCAUAUGUUGGUUUUCUUACACCCUCUACCACAAAAUCUAAAUGCAUAAAUCCUACACCUGGACACACCUUAGUCUCCGUUUGACUCCUGCUGUUAAGACGGGCUUGGAUCUAACAGCCUGUACCUCUGAUGCCAGAGGCCCUCGGGAGCAGGACUCUUAAAAUGUUUUGCCCUUUAUAAAGACACUUUCAAAUGGGAAGGGUAAUUAGACUUGGGUGAAGACAGAAAAGAAUGAGUAAAUGUGGCAGAUUUAGAGAAAAACUCUGCCCUUUGAGACAAAACUCUUGUCCCUUCUGAUUCUGACAGCAGGCCUCCAGCUCCUCUGGCUGUCCUGAAAACCCAGCUCUGCCCCACUCAGGCCCAGCUUUUCCACAGAACUGCCCCGUGCAGCCCCAGGUCCUCUAAGGCUGGAUCUCUUUCUGCAUGGCUACAGCCCCCGAACAGACUCCCCAAUUUCUAACUAUAGCUUUUCCAUCCUCCGUACCUCUGAGAUUAGUCAGCCUGGACUUUAGCUAGAAAGUCCGUUCUAUUGCAAUGCCAGAGAGAGCUUGGGAUGGGAGUCUGGAUCCUUGAGGAAGAUCCCUGAUAAUAGUAGUCCUCCUAUCCUGAGAACAAAGCCACUGGGAGAAUCUCUUGGAAACUCACUUGUGCCACAUACACUGCAUGCAACAGACACAACAUAGAAGUACACUGCCACACACAUGCACACAAACAGGUUAUACACAUACACAGGUACACAUAUAGGUAUGCACACUACACAUGUACACAUAAAAGACAAAAACAAAAGACACAAACACUGCAGACAUACAUGGACACACACGGACAUGGACACACACACACACACACACACACACACACACACACACACACACACACACACACACACACUGAAUUGGCCAGUUUCUUUUCUUAAGGACUAGAACAGGGUUGGGUUUGUUUUAUGUCUCUGCCAGAGUGCAGUCCCCUGGGAACAGGGAGGGGAUGACAGAGCAAUGGGCCUCAGCAGGUCUCUCUAGCUCCCAUCUCUUGGUUUAUGCUGAGGUUGUUUCUGCCCUUCAGAUUCAGCAAUCCUAUCUGUCCCUGCCCCCACUAGCCUGCACUCUGAGAAAGUGGAGACUAGUGGCUGGUGCUAUUUUAAGUCCAUCUCCUGACCUGCCCUCCCCCACCUGCUGCCUGUCUGUCAGGGCUAGAAUGCUGAUUGGCAGUUGGUCGUGUGGGGGCUGGGGACAGACUGUUAUAAGAGUCAGAAGCCCUGAAAAGGCAGCUGUCCCUGUGGGAGCCCCACCUCACUGCCACCAACAUGUCAACCCACCGUCUUGUACUAGUUCGGCAUGGGGAGAGCACCUGGAACCAAGAAAACCGCUUUUGUGGCUGGUUUGAUGCAGAACUGAGUGAGAAGGGAACAGAAGAAGCUAAGAGAGGGGCCAUGGCCAUUAAGGAUGCCAAAAUGGAGUUUGACAUCUGCUACACCUCGGUGCUGAAGCGGGCCAUUCGUACCCUUUGGACCAUCCUGGACGGGACAGAUCAGAUGUGGCUGCCUGUAGUCCGCACCUGGCGUCUUAAUGAGCGCCACUAUGGCGGUCUCACUGGCCUCAACAAGGCAGAGACAGCUGCAAAGCAUGGGGAGGAACAAGUGAAGAUCUGGAGGCGCUCUUUUGACAUCCCACCACCCCCCAUGGAUGAGAAGCACCCCUACUACGGCUCCAUCAGUAAGGAGCGCCGGUAUGCAGGCCUGAAGCCAGGAGAGCUGCCCACUUGCGAGAGCCUCAAGGAUACCAUCGCCAGAGCCCUGCCUUUUUGGAAUGAGGAGAUUGCCCCCCAGAUCAAGGCUGGCAAGAGAGUGCUCAUUGCUGCACAUGGAAACAGUCUCCGAGGCAUCGUCAAACACCUGGAAGGAAUGUCAGACAAUGCCAUCAUGGAGCUGAACCUACCCACGGGGAUCCCCAUCGUGUAUGAGCUAGACAAUACACUGAAGCCCACCAAGCCUAUGCGAUUCCUAGGUGAUGAGGAAACUGUGAAGAAGGCCAUGGAGGCCGUUGCUGCCCAGGGCAAGGCCAAGUGAUGACUCCAAGGAAAAACUGAGGCAUAUCUGAAGAAAUGGUGGCAGAACUGGAAACGAAAGGCCCAAGUUUACUUGCCAGUAACAACAUUAACAAAAAAUUAUUAGACACGUGAACAAAUGCUCUUGAUAAAAUGCUUUUGAAACUAAGCAAGUUUCCAUUAUAUGAUGACCAUUAUGGAUAUGUUCCAAAAUAGAAUGAAAAGGAAUGCAUCAAAGUGAACACGCACAAUGUGAGAACAAGCAACUUUCCCCACCCACCAACUUGUGACAACACUUUGUAGUGUCCAGGCAGAAAGAGAGCAAAAGGGUAAAGUAUAUGUUUUACACCUGGGAGCCCUGGGUUUGAUCCCUGCACUUUUGGGAUUUUUUGAUCCCAAAAGAAUGGAGCUGAUCAUAGCUCCUCCCAGCACCACUGGUAUGGCCCCAAAACAAAACCAAAAAUGUUUCUAAUACUAAUAAACGGGACUCAGGGUUCCUUACAGUCAAAAAUGGACACAAUCCUUUUUUCUUCUUCCCCACGGAGAGCAGCUUGUACGUGGCUCUAUCUGGAUCCUGACCUCUCACAAACUUGCUGAACCAGAAUACAACAGUUCUGGUUACGCCCAAAUCUAGACUGAGCAACAGAAUUCAGGACUUAACUUGGAACUCAGCUGUAAUUUCCAAUCAUUCACACUCAGGAAGCUUGGGACUGAGGCCAAAGUGAUGGUACAGCGGGUAGGGCAUUCGCCUCACAUGUGGCCAACCCAGAUUCAAUUCCUGGCAUCCUAUAUAGUCCGCUGAGCACUGUCAAGAGUAAUUCCUGAGUGCAGAGCCAGGAGUGACCCAUAAACAUAGUCGGGUGUGACCAAAACAAACAAACAAAAAAGAAACCUUGGGACAGGGUAAAUUCUGUGAGAUCCUUUAUGGAGCAGACAAGACUAGGGU